UAUAUUUAUGUAUUUUUUGUGGGUUAUAUCUAAACUACGUUCCAGAUUCUAUCAUAAAUAAUAUUAGACAUUUAGAAAUGAGUCUAAUGAGAUCGAUAGUAGGUGAUAACAAAUAUUUCGUUUUGAGAAAACGGAUCAACGCAUUGACGGAGAGAUCCGUGAAAAAAGGGGAGAAUUUCCUGGAAGCGUUCCUUCACGGUGUCUGGACACGUACUUCGCAAUACUCUUCUAUCUCGACUACCUUCACCCACACGCCUCAGUCAUCGUUCUUCCCUCGGACUCGCUUUUACCGGAUCGGUCUAUUUCUUUUCGUCUUAUAAAAAAUUAUAUAUAUAUAUAUAUAUAUAAAAAAAAGAAAAAAAAAAGAAAAAUUCAUCGAUCCAGACUGAUAAUUUAGCAGCUAAUUAAACGUUUAAUAUUAAUUGACACUUUUGUUAACUUUUUUUUUUUAAGGAAUAUCAAGUGUACAUUUUGACGAGAACGCAAUAACAAGUGAAUUAUUAUUGAUCUUUUAACAUUUACAAGAAGGAUACGCAAGAUAGAACUGUUUCGGCAAGAUUUGCCGAAACAAAAGAAAAUGCAGGACCGAUAUUUAAUCUCGUAGACACUGCGGUGUAUAAAUCAGCAAUGAUUAGACCAUUAAAAAUUCUUAAAAGUGCCUUCAUAGUUGGCUGGUAUCUGAUAUUAUACUCCGUUGUUGAUAUCAACGGUCAGCUUGCAUCGGAGUACGGAUGUCCACCACAGGAAAGAAUUCUUCCGUGCAGAUGUUCAACUCGCGACACGGAGGUCCAAAUAUGGUGCAGUCAUAGUGAAUUACCAAAAGUAUUGGAAGGAUUAAAAUCAGUGAGCCAUUAUGUGGAUCGUCCGAUUGACGAGCUGAUUCUUGAGAAUAAUAAUUUACCUAGUCUUCCAGGAAAAGCAUUUGCCACUUUAAAAGUUUUACGUUUAAUGCUCCGAAAUAAUCGUUUAGAAAGAGUAUCCUCCGGUUGGUUGGAAGGUUUACACGAUUCGUUAUUGGAACUAUUCGUCGUUGAAUCUGAUUUACGUUCGUUGCCCAUUGACAGCCUUGAAAAUCUUCAAGGUCUCGAAGCGAUAACUCUACAAAGUCGUGUUAUGAAGAGAUUACCAAAAUUCUCUGGCCUUCAAAAAUUGCGAUAUCUUCAAAUAAAUUCGCCUGCUUUAUUGGAAUUAGCGCCAAGAAACUUUCAAGAUCUACCUAAUCUCGAACAAUUACAUGUUUUUGGCAGUCCUCGUCUCGUUCGUUUAGAAGCUGGUCUAUUUCGUGAUUUACCACGUUUAGAAUUGAUCAACAUCACGGAUUGUGCUAUCCAUUGGAUUCAUCCUCGUACUAUGAUCAAUCUUCCAGAAUUAAAAGAGAUAUCUUUCGUUGGUAACAAUAUAAUCGACGCUGGAAUGGUUGGUCGUGCUUGCAUGGAUCUUCCAUUGCUUUCGGUGAUUCGACUCGAUCGAAAUCGAAUUAACAGACUCGCGGAAGGUUCAUUUGUUGAUCUUCCUGUAUUGAAUCGUCUUUAUUUAUCACGUAAUAUUAUCACUGAAAUAUUUGCCGGAGCAUUUCGUCGCUUACCAAUAUUGAAGAUCGUAGAUCUUAAUCACAAUUUAAUACAUCGUAUACAUCCGGAAUUCUUUCCUCGAAGAUCUCCAAAUGGAUUAGAAGAAAUGUGGCUUAUCAACAACGAUCUCAGUCACGUUGCCGAAAUACGAUCGAUUUUAGAAGCUUUGCCGAGAUUGAAAUUUCUCGACGUAAGUUAUAAUCAAUUGGAGGAAAUCCCGUACGGUACAUUGAGAGGUCAUCCUACUUUGGAAAGAUUUCAUUUGGAUCACAAUCGAUUAGGAUUCUUACAAAGAGAAACGUUUACUUCGAUGCCAGCACUUCGGGAACUUCGGCUUCGAAAUAAUUCCUUAUCAAAUUUAUUGGAAGCUCCAUUUUGGAAUUUACCGGCACUUAAGGGAUUGGAUCUUUCCGAAAAUUAUUUCAGACACAUAGAACCGCGUCUUUUAGCGAAUUUACCUAAUUUAAGACGUUUGGAUCUAAGCGGUAAUUCUAUAGGAUUGAUAGAAACAGAAUCUUUUCGAAAUACACCUGCUCUGGAACACGUGAACAUUUCUGGAAAUGCCUUGUCCAUUUUGCAUCCGUUAACUUUCAGACAUUUAACUAAUUUAUAUGAACUCGAUGUUGGAUGGAAUCGAAUGUUAGAAAUUGUUCCUGGUUUGCCAAGGAAUAUCGAACACCUUCAUAUGCCUAUGAAUCGAAUCGUUGCUUUGCCAUCGAUCGCAUCCCAGGAUCUUGCACUUCCAGUUUUAAGAAAAUUAGAUCUUAGUGCUAAUGGAAUCGAAAUAAUACCACCUGGUGCUCUCAGUGAAUUGACUGAUCUUCGUAAGUUAAUCUUGGGAUACAAUGCACUUAGAGUCAUAGAAGACGGUACCUUUGAUGGCUUAUCCAAAUUGGAACAAUUGGAUUUGAGAUAUAAUCGAUUGGUUACGUUACAUGGCAGAAGUUUCAGACAGUUAAGAUCUUUAAUGGAUUUAAAUAUUCGUGGAAAUCGUUUGGAAGUUCUUAGACCUGAUAUAUUUCAAGAGAACAGCAGAUUACAAAGGCUUGAUCUUAGUAGAAAUAAUCUUGCACAAAUUCCUCACGCCACGUUCUUAAAUACAAGGGACCUUCGGGAAUUGUACGCGUCGCACAACACUUUGACCGAGUUACCCGGAUCGUUGCACGGUUUAAUGGCUCUCGAAAUCCUCGACUUGAGCUUCAACAAGCUGAACAUCCUGUCACCGGAAACACUGAGCAGUCUGUCGUCUUUGCUUGAAUUAAGACUGGUUAGAAAUCGAAUAAGAGAGUUACGAGAGGGUGCUUUUGAUGGUUUACCACGGUUGUCCAUAAUCGAUCUUGAAAAUAAUGAUCUUAGAGUGAUUGAGAGGAAUGCAAUUAGAAGAUUGUCCGAAUUACAGGCUAUAAGACUUGGCAAAAAUCGUAUACAGACAAUUCCAAGGGGUGCUUUCUCCGAAUUACCUUUACUUCAAAGUGCAGAGCUCCAAGAAAAUCGGAUUUUAGAAAUCGACAGUAAAGCGUUCAUCAACGUACCUCACCUUCUCUUUCUAAAUUUAAGUAAUAAUCAUUUGCCAAGUUUGGAAUAUGCUGGUUUAGAAAGUCUUCAAUCAUUGGAAGUUCUAGAUCUGAGUAAUAAUCGUUUGGCUCGUGUAUCCAGUGACAGUUUGGCUGCGAUGGAAUGGCUGGUCGAAUUAAAAAUGGAUAAUAAUAGGAUUUGCACAAUACAAGGUUCACCAUUCGAUGAAAUGCCAAGAUUACGUGUACUCAGUUUGAGAAGUAAUCGGAUGGCAUCCGUUUCGGAAAAUGCAUUUAAAAGAUUAAGAUCCAAUAUCGCUAUUUUGGAUAUCGAUGGGAAUCCUUUAUCAUGUUCUUGCGGUAUGUUAUGGCUAAGAGGAUGGUUACAACAAGCAUCCUCGGAAGGUCCAAGAUGUGCUGAUGGUUCUCUCUUUAAAGAAAUAAGAUUGUCCCGUCAAGAUUGUCAACAUGAAAGAUUAGCCGAUCCUGUGCAUCCUGGUUGUGAAGCUGAAAUGAUCAAUAGCGUUACACCCGCUUCGGGAUUAAGUGGAGCCACAGAAACGGUAUCAUUGUGGAUGAAUUUAGAAAGCUCGACUAAGAGAUCUUAUGAAAAUGAUUAUUACGAAUAUUUAAAUCAUCAUUCGAAUAACAAAAGCGAUCAUUCGAAUGUCUCUACUUCGCUUCCAAUUAUAUCUACCGAAACAACGAUUCUUCAACCAGUUAAAACUAUUCAAAAUUCGGAUACUAUUAAAUAUUUAAACCCGAAGAAUAUCACGAGUCAGAUAAAAAAGAAUUCCUCUAUCAUACCACCCUCACCAAGUAGUUCAGGAUUUACUUUCUUCGGUGUACCUCUGCCAAAUUUGAAUUUUAAUUUCUGGGGUAAUACUGGAAGAAAGGCAGAAAGGAAAGAAAUUUCAGGAGGUAGACCUGGUAGGGGACGUUACAGAGUAUUUCCACCAACCGAGCCAGAAAUUCAUAGGGGUGGUUUCAUACCCUUACCACGAGGACAAGGUGGUUUUAUUCCGAUAACCGACUCUUCUCAUUUUGUUUAUGAUCAAAGACAAAUGAAGAAUGAUCCCCCAAAAGAUAAUCUAGAUCAGGAUACUAAUUAUAUUCGCGUACAAGAACAACGUAAUUCGAAACAUUCGAAUAAUACUAUGUCUCAAUUGGAAAAAAAUGUUUCGAGGACGAACAAGUCCCGAUCAGGUUCGAAAAAUAAGGAUGAAGUUUUUACUACGAGUAUUAUUGGCACUUCAAGAUUUUCAAACAAUUUAACCGAAAAUAGGCCAUAUUCUUUAUUAAAUUUGACAAAAAGUAUUAAAUCAUCGUCGUUAGCUUCUAAUGAAACGUUAUUAAAAAUAAAUGAAACAUCUCUUCCAAUAGAAUUCAAUCGAGACGAUAAAUUAUUAAUGAAUAUGAAAGAACGUAAAGUAAUUAACGAUUCGCGUAUGGAAAUUGCAAGUAAAAUUGUUUGGACGACGCCAAAAAAUGAUUUUGUCAGAAUGACAUUUCCAUCUAAUAAAGCAAUUGUAACCACAAUUAGUAAUAAUCGCGAUAAUUCAAAUGAUUUUGAUGAAAAGAUAAUAAGAGAUAAAAAUUACUUUUGGAAUUCUGAGACAAUGGAAGCUCAAAAAAUUGAAACAACCAUGACAAUGAUUAAUCAACAAAAUGAAUCUACUGAUAACAUUCAUAUAGUUACAACGUAUUAUCCGUCUACUUCUACUUCUUCUACAACAACAAUGACGACAACCAUGACAACGAAGGCAACAACAAUUAAUAAAUUAAAAGAUAAAACUAUUGGAACUUCACAAACUAACCGAAAGACAGAAGCAUCAGCUUUGUCAGCUUUUCUGGCACCAGGUGGUCAAAUUCCUUCCUCUGUAUCAACAACUGGUUUACGUACUUUGGGUAGGCCAACGAUAACAAAGGUACCAUCUCCCUAUUUAGCUGAAACAACGGAUCAUAAUCGAAGUCAGGAAAAGGAAAAUCCUGUGGCUGGUGCUGUUCAAAGGAACAUUGAAAAUUUGGAAUAUACAUUCUUGAACAACAAAGAAAUAACAACUACUCCACAUGAUAAUGUUAAAAUAAUUGAAGACAAUCGUUUUAAUUGGUACUUUCAACAUUAUAAUGACACCAAUUUAGAACCGUUUAUUGGAACAGUUUAUAGCGAUAGUAUUAAAAUAAGUAUUUGUCAAUUUUUGACACAAAGUAAACAAGAUGCUAUAUGUCAAAGAGGCCCUCACAAACUGUGGCUCAAGAGGACGAUUAUCAAGUUAUUGAGUUAUUUUCGAAAAUUCACUGGAAAUUUUCGAGAAUGGCUCUUAGUCGUAUUUUACUUUUACCAUGUUGUCACUCAAAAUGCUCCUUAUGGUGAUGGGUGUAAGGGUGUAGAUUUAAAAAAGUGA